AUGUGUUCGACUAUAUCCGAGAAGGACUUGAUACCGCUCUCCAGCUCGCAGACCGCGAGCCACGAGCGUAUCCAGUCUCUCUCUGCGGGGUCCGAAAUCUUGCAGGCGUCGCCGGAGAAGCUCGCUGAUUGUAUGCCUUCGGACCGAGACGAUGCUGAUGGCCUGAGCGAUUUGACUGCUUCUGCGCCGAUCACUGUUACGGCCGCCCCCGAGAACGUUCACAGCGUUUGCGACCACCCUGUUCCCGAUGAUGAACUUGCCGCCUCAAAGACUGCAAAUCAUAAGCGCAUCCGAUCCUUGUCCAUGGAGGGAGAGAUGUUGCAGCCGCCGUCGAAGAAGCUAGAGAGCAGCUCGUCAACGGUCUCUGAGCGUUUGGACAAAGAUGAGAUUGGAGGCACGAAUGACAUGAGUGGACCUUCAUCUGUCACUGCUACGCCUGAGGAGAAUAGUGGAGGUAGUGUUCUCGGCCGUUCUGCUGCCGACAACGACCUUGCCACCAAUGAUGCAGUAAAUGGUGUAGAUGCUGGAGAAGAUGUUCGAGGCAUUCAUGAGGUCUCCGAAAACUUCGCUCAAUCCAACACGGCCGAUGCAGGACCUACGAUGGCCAAGAAACCCUGGCAGCGACCGAAAUUGGACUGGUACAACCGUACGAACGUCUUCGCAGACACGACACUCAAAAACAAGAUUGGUGGCCUAGGUAUGGUUCAGUUUCUUGCUUGGGAAGGCGUCGACGUCGAGACGGAGUUCGCGGAAAUGGGCAAGAAGUACAAAGAUGCUAAGGGCAGCACAAUUGCUCGGAACGAAGCCAUGAAGAACAAGGCCCAGGAGGUGCACCAGGCUUACAUCGACGCGCGCACUGCUGGCACACGCCAGGUGCCGCUGGGAUGGGUAAACCGCGACUUCCUGCCUGGGUACGAGCCUUCCUUGCCCGGAUCCGUGCAAGCACACGCACUGCCGCCUGCUUCUCCAGGCAAUGGCGCCGCUACAACCGGCGUCAAGAAAGCCUCCCACAGCCGAAAGCGUCAAGCUGCCACGGUCGCAAACAAAGACAAUGGUGUGGUGUUGCAAACCCGCAAGGACCUCCAAGCUAUCCAUCGUCAGGCGGCGGAGCAGCUCGUCGAGACGUAUGAGCGACGCUUACAGGGCAUCAUCGUCAGCGUCCCCGAACCCGCUGAACCGGUCAUCUCCACCGCGGUAGAUCGCCUUGUCUACAAUAUCCUCGACCGCCAGAUGCACCUCCGCCUUAUUCGCGUGGUCCACGAGCAUCGCACCACCGUGGAGGACGACCACGCGGAUAUCAUGAACGAGAUUCAAGACUAUCGUGCGGCGCUAGCUACUGAGCUGCAGCGCACCGUCAAGUGGGAGACAGGCCAGGAUCCCAUGCUCCUAGUCGCGCAAGAGUUUCCAGUCGACUUCUAG